UCCUUUUUUUUCUACCAAAAAAUCAAGCUUAUUACCCCCCAACCCCAAGGAAAAAAAAUUCAUGACAUCCCACAAAUCAAUCAUCCAAAAAGCAACCAAUACUCCCUCCUACAAAAAGCCAAUCCCUACUCACAAUUUCAUCCCAAUAAAUCAACCAUCAUACUCCCCCACACACACAAAACUAUGCGCAAUGCAAUACUCGCAGCAAAAGUAGUUGAGAAUCCCCACGUAAAACCCCACCUUAAAUCCCCCCCUCCUCUCCUCUCCUCUCCCCCCUCACAAAAAAAAAAACUCAUCAAACAAUUAAUGGAGCUAGCACUGCUCUCCCUCUUCAUUCUCCUCUCGGUUGUUUUCCUACUCACCCUCCUCAGAAACAUCCACGACCGAAACAAACACAAGCAAUGCUACCUCAUAGACUACGUCUGCUUCAAACUCCCCACCGAUCUCUGCGGCGAGAUCGUCCGGCGCAACAAACUCCUCGGCGUGCCCGACUACCGCUUCCUCCUGAAGGUCAUAGUCAGCUCCGGCCUCGGCGAGAACACCUACGGGCCACGCAACAUCAUCGUCGGCGACGAAACGUCCCCGGCCCUCUCCGACUCCCUGACCGAGAUGGACGAGUGCUUCGACCCCACCCUCGACUCCCUCUUUCGGAAGACCGAGGUUCGUCCGUCCGAAGUCGACGUGUUGGUCGUCAACGUGUCCAUGUUCUCCCCGUCUCCCUCGCUGUCUUCGAGGAUUAUAAACCGGUACAAAAUGAGGGAGGAUACCAAAGUCUUCAACUUAGCCGGGAUGGGGUGCAGCGCCAGUUUAAUAUCCCUGGACUUGGUACAAAACCUGUUCAAAUGUUACAAAAACAAGCUGGCUGUAGUCGUCACGUCCGAGUCGAUCGCGCCCAACUGGUACUCGGGGAAUCACAGGUCCAUGCAGCCGGAACUGCUUGUUCAGGUCGGCGCUGCGGCGAUCUCUACUCUCCACACCGUCCGAAGCUGA